UUGGGAGUAAGAAGUAUUUUCUUAUCAGUUCCACCUUCUUGGCUGAGUAUGGAGAACGCAAGAGGCAAAGAGGGAGCCGGGAGGUCAGGGGAAGAACAUGGAGCGGACAGGCAGCCGGCCACAUCCUCUGCAAAGGGGAUGAAACGGAAAAAUCAUGUGGAGAAUGACGAAGAGAAGAAAAAACAAGAGCGCGAGCUGCUAACACCUCCGAAAAAGGUGCAAAUUCCUCCUCUCCCCGAGGAGCUGCCCCCCAUCAACCUGAUCCACCGGGACAUCCUGCGGGCCUGGUGCCAGCAGCUGAAGAUCAGCGCCAAAGGCCAGAAAUUAGAAGCAUAUAAGCGACUCUGUGAAUACGCUUACCCGCAGCAAAAGCCCCAUCUGCAGAACAUUCCUAUUACACCCAAGGAGACUAGGGUCAAGUCAACAGGUACUCGGAGGCAGAAGUCCCUGCAAGGUCCGGAGAGAGGGAUGUCUGCAGUGGGGAUGGAACUUCUUGAAGGUGACCUGAUCCCUGCGGGGCAGCUGACCUCCCUGCAAGAGCCACCUGCUCUCUACGAAGAGGUCAGCACAAAUGUGAUGACCACAGCCACUCCGGAGUCGGUGCUGGCCUCUUGGGGCCGAAUUGCUGCUGGUGCUGCCCGGAGGGAGACAGUGGAGCCCCCGGCAGAGGCAUACGGUGACAAGUGGUGCGUGGUGCAUGGCUGCAGUCUCCCUGCAGAUGCGGGGGGCUGGGUGCAGCUGCAGUUCCACGCGGGACAGGCCUGGGUGCCUGAGAAGAAGGGGCGUGUGAACGCACUGUUCCUGCUGCCCUCUGGCACCUUCCCGCCGCCCCACCUGGAGGACAACCUACUGUGCCCUACCUGUGUCCGCAGGACAGCCCGAAAGCCGGAAAGUGAAGAUGCCAGUCACCACAACCCCUUUCUCCCACCUGUUGGGACGCAGCAUUGA